CGCAUCUUACUGAUUAUUUAAGGAAAGUCGCCUUUUCAUCUUCUGUGUUUCAAAGGGAGCUAGGUUAUAUGUGGCUGGGUCAACGACGUGGCUUGUGUCGACUACUAUUUUGGACAAUAUUAUUAGUAGAAAUAAUAAAUCAUUUAGUAUAUAGUAGUAACGGUGUAUAUGUACUCAAUAAUACUCAGAAGCACGACGACCAACAGCGGGGGACGAGAGUCGACGUCGUGGUGGCGAAAGACGGGUCCGGCCAGUUUAGGACCAUCAACGGUGCUGUUAAUGCGGCGCCGGAUUACAGCAAUACUCGGUUUGUGAUUUAUGUCAAAGCCGGGGUUUAUCAUGAGAAUGUUGUGGUUGGUGAGAGGAAGAGCAAUCUUACGAUUAUCGGGGAUGGAAUGGAUGCCACCAUUGUUGCCGGGAAUUUGAGUUAUGUGGAAGGAUAUUCGUUAACAAGUACCGCCACCUUUGCUGUGUUUGGCAAAGACUUCAUAGCACAGGACAUGGGAUUCCACAACACGGCCGGAGCAGCCAGAUACCAAGCCGUGGCCCUUGUGGCGGCCGGCGACCGGGGAGCUG